UGAGUGUCAAUUAAUGUAUGUUGGUUUCCUUUUCAUAACAGAAGCUCUUUGUAUCUGAAAGGAAUACCCUUUAAAUAUAAAGGUGUCCAUACAUCCUUCCAGUGUAUAACGUCAGAAAUGCCUGAUCAAUUUUCUUCCCCGAAUAACGGAAGUGUUACAGUGUAUAUUUACGAACCCGAGCUCAAUUAUCUAAAAUGGCUCGUUCUUCAGAAACGUAAGAUUGAAACGGGCGGUGAUCUGUUUGGCUUGUGGCAAGAUGAAGGCACGGCAGUUGUACAGCUUAUCUUAGGUCCAGGAAAAGGCUGCAGCCGGACUACUACAUCGUUUCAUCAAGACGUGGCUUAUUUAGAAGAAGUUGGAGGUUAGUUUUUGUUUCAAUGUAUACGUUAAACACCGAGAAGGGGGCCGAAGUCCUCCGAGGGAUUUAUCUGGCUUAAAGCCUCCGUUCGAGGGUUUGAUUCAUUGGUCAACAUUUUAUUCUAGGCUGUUUUCUUUGCAGCUUAUUUGACGUCCUCACAAGGUUUAUGCAAUAUUGGAGAAUGGCAUUCACACCACACAUUGGGUUUGGCAGAGCCAAGUUAUGGAGACCAACAAACUGUGUGGAAUCAUAUUUCUACUGUGGCUGGUGGACGAUUCCUGGUUUUUAUCGCAAAUAUCAGAGGUACUGCAUCUUAACAGAUUGUGCACGUCUUUUGGCCUGGGGGUACAGAGAACUUAAGAACUGUGAAAAUAUACAUUUUCUCUGAGGAUUGCUCUGAAAUCGUUGAAACACUGUGCCAUAGCAGGAACAAGCCAAGUUUCAAUUAAUCGUGGAAACAUCCCACGCACUAAAAUGUGGUUUUGAAAUUUCCCCCAGUUGUCACUCGACGUCGAUGCCACGCAGGCGUCUUUAUGUGGACAGUGUACGGUUUUACUACGAAUAUAUAUAGACUACAAGGUAUUACAUUCCGGCCAUAAAGAUGGUUCUGAAAUAAAGUUAGGUCAUAUAACCUAGUCCUAUCUUCUAUGUAAUAUUUCAAAUCCGACUAUGAGGACUGGACUCUUAGAGUCUUCACAUCCCCGCAAUUUCAUCAAGUCCGAGACGAAGCCGAGGACUGAAUCGAAAUGCGAGGACUUGAAAUCUAGUCCAGUCCGACUUGGAGGAUUUGAAAUGACAUCUCAUACGAAUAAAUCACUUCUUAAAGUAAGGUGAUAAUUUGAUGCAGUCCAAUGACUGAAUACAUAAUACUGGAUACCUAUAUUAUAUUGAUCCAGUCCUAGGACUGGAUCAAUAUAGGUAUCAUGCAGUAUUAUCAUAUGAGGAAAAUAAAGCAAUAUGGUUGGCUAAUUUACUCAUGAAUUAUUAGUGAUUUGAAAUGAAAAUUUUGAAACCUUACGAUAACCACACAUUUAAAAUACAUUGUCAUCAAUCUACGAUAUUUAACAAUUUUGUUCUAUACAUCCAGGUACACCAGCAAAGGUCAACAUUGGCUGCUUCCUUUUCAAUUUAAGUGAACAAAAAAUUACAAAAGGCAAUAUUAAAUGUCUACCAUGCGCAAACCCUGUUCGCUUAACAGUGGAGAACGCGUACCUAACCUCAAAGGCAGAAGCUGGACAAGACUGGACAACGUUUACGAAAGACGAACAGUCAGUGAAGAUCGAAAACUCAGUCGUGCCAAAUGAAGCUAGCAGUGAGCUGCGUAACAGAAGGGACGAGUCAGCCACGAACGACGAGAGCUUCUGCGAAGAAAGUUACAACGAUAAAGACACUUUACUUCCCAAAGAAAGCUCUGAAGAGGAGGAAUUGAGCAUGCGUGAGAAAUUGGUUAAAAGAUUGCGUCAAAUGUUCACAAAUGCAAUGGCCUUUUUGCGUCGUUGUUGUCGCUGUUGUUGUCGCUGUUGUUGUCGCUGUUGUUGUCGCUGUUGUUGUCGCUGUUGUUUUCGCUGUUGUAAUUGUUGUUGCAAAGAUGAAGCAAAUGGACAUGUCCCAGAUACUAGCAGGGAGUAGCUAAAAUGCAAUGCUAUCAUUCAUUCAUGUAUUCAAUUUAUUACAAUAGUUGAAUGUCCAAUGUAAUUACAAUAUCUAAAUCGUACAAUAUUGAAAUAUAGUAGCACGAACUUCAUGUACAAUUAUAUAUUUAUGUAUAAAUAUAAUGGAAAUGGUUAUAUUUAUAAUUGUCAUAUACUAUAGUUACAGUUGACAUUCCGGUGUAUUAAUGAAAAUAUUCGAAUUGCCCAACAUAUAAUCACACAGACUGCAUACAACGCAAUAGAUUCUCUGUAUUAAUUAAUUAAUGUUCUUUGCUAUUCUUAGGCUAUUUGCUUAUUAAAACAUGUAUUCACGUUAUUGCAAUGGUUAUAAGUAUUCAUAAAAAAAUACAUGCCGGAAUAUGUUGGUUUAUGGGUAUAAAUAGCCCUUAAUAUAUAGCUAUACGUCAUAUUCCCAGGUCACUGAGACUAACACAAUCACAGUACUGAGUACACCAGUGCACUCAUUGACAAUACGAGUCUUUGCUUAGAACAUCGGAUGACGCGAAUCAAGACUGACACAUAGAAGACAAGAUUGACACACAGAAGACAAGAUGUUUCAUGUAUACUGUAUAUAUGCUAUAGAUACAAUUGUAAACGUUUGAUGAAAUUGUUCUAUGUACCUAAUAAUUAAUAUUCUUCAUCUUUGUUAAAGAUAAACUUAGCGAGAAAUUUAUCUUCUUUAGUUUUAAAAUAUACUAGGUAUGGAUGGUUUUGAUCGAGUCUGAACCUCAUCAACCAUGCAUUGGGAAUUUACUUUAUUAUACGAGUUGAAACCACCGUCGGAAUGUUGAUCUUAAAACGUCCUCAACUUCUCGGGCAGUUGGUCUUUGUUUCGGAUUGUAUUUCAACAUUCGUUCAAUUAGUCUUCUUCUCCAUCGUUGGAAUGGCACCUUCAAAUCCGUUCCUUUCUCAUGCAUCUGAAUACCAAUUGGUUCUCUCUGUUGAUUACUGGUCUGAAUAAAUACUCCAUAACACCUUUCCCCAUCGUAGACUUUAAACUGGCCUUCGAGAAUAGCAUGAAAUAGAAUCCCCAUUGAGAAUACAUCGACCAUAUAGGUGUGGUGGUCUUCGAGCAUUUCUGGAGCAACGUAGCACAAUGCCCCAACACCUUGGCUGAGGUAGUAUAAUUGCCAGGUCUGACCUUUGAAUUGAAACGAAUUUA